AUGAAGGUAAAGGCAGACUCAUGCUUGCAGUGUUUGAUGUAUGAUUCCUACGUGAUAGUCAGUGGCUUGGCUUAACAAACCCAGUCAGCUGUGCAGACGUUAUACUGCCACCUAGCAGACAAUACCUCCCGAGUGGCGCAGUGGUCUAAGGCACUGCAUCGCAGUGCUAGCUGUGCCACUAGAGAUCCUGGUUUGAAUCCAGGCUCUGUCGUAGCCGGCCGCGACCGGGAGAACCAUGGGGCGGCGCACAAUUGGCCCAGCGUCGUCCACGGUAGGGGAGGGAAUGGCCGGCAGGGAUGUAGCUCAGUUGGUAGAGCAUGGUGUUUGGGUUCGAUUCCCACGGGGGGCCAGUAUGUAAAAUAAAAAUAAUGUAUGCACUCACUAACUGUAAGUCGCUCUGGAUAAGAGCGUCUGCUAAAUGACAUUUAAAAAAAUAAAAAAUACCUGUCAGGUCUGGCACAACUCUUACUAAUAGUGGUCAAGUAGGCCUAUAUCAUGGCUUCUAAAUCUUGUUUUGGUGCAAUGGGACUUUGAACACAUGCCUUCUGAGACAUACACAUGAAACACACACACACAAAUACGCGCACACACACACUCUCACUGUUCUCUCUGCUUCCGUACGGCAAGCGGUACUGGUGCAUCAAGUCUGACAACAGUCUCCUGAACAGCUUCUAUCCCCAAGCCAUAAGAUUGCUAAAUAGCUAACUAAAUAGCUAGCAAAAUGGCUACACUGACUAUCAGAGUUGACCCUUGAGUUGACUCAUUGUACACUCUCAGGGCCCUACACACUCACGCACACUGACACUCCAACACACACAAGCACUCACUCCAUCAUUUGAUCACACACACAUACUGUAAUACGCACUUACAUUUAUACUGACUUUACACACACCCACUCACAUACAAUGAUCAUAUACGCUGCUGCUACUCUGUUUAUCAUAUAUCCUGUUGCCUAGUCACCUUACCCCUAUACAUAUCUACCUCUAUCACUCCAGUAUCCCUGCACAUUGUAAAUAUGGUACUGGAACUGACUGACCCUGUAUACAGUGUGCUUACUUCCUGUACUUUCUCGUGUUCUUCUUAUUUCUUAUUUUUAUUUUCUCGUGUUUUUGUUCUACCUUAUGUUAUUUUUUCUAUUACAUUGUUAUUGAUUACUGCAUUGUUGGCAUUUCAUUUUACUUGUGCGUGUGACAUUGAAACUUGAAACACAGAGAGAGAGAGAGAGAGAGAGAGAGAGAGAGAGAGAGAGAGAGAGAGAGAGAGAGAGAGAGAGAGAGAGAGAGAGAGAGAGAGAGAGAGAGAGAGAGAGAGAGAGAGAGAGAGAGAUAGAGCAAUUCACUCUUAGCAGUAAAACGCGUUUAAUGUUUUUAUUCAGUGAGCUGAUAUACUGUAUAGCCUGAGCUCUGUUAGGAUCUUCUAUCCAAGUUGGUUUAUGGUUAAAUGAUGAACAUAUCUAUAACGUGUGGUGGCACUUAUAGCCUAACGUUAUAUUUCCCCCUCUCCUCACACAGCUCUGCUUCCCUUCAGAUGGAUGUGAGAGAGAGCUGUGCUUUCCACGCUUGGUUUUGAAGUGUUCUGAGACGGGAGAGAAAGUGGCAGCUCUUUAUAGUGGAAUAACUUUAUAGAUCAUCAAAGCACAGCACUUUUACCACUGGCAUAGCAGAAAUAACAGCAGAAAAUGCAUACAGAACACCAGGGCCAUGUUCAGUACGAAAAAGUUUUGAAACGUUGCAGAUAGAAUGCUAUGAAUAGAGCCAAGUUGAUUAUGUAUUCUACAUGUCAGAGAGGCAUGUUUGUUAUAGCAUAUUUCUAUCUGAAAGUAACAAAACAUUGCGUCCUGCUGAAUGUGCCCGAGAGUCAAGGUUAAGGAAGGAAGGGAGACUUGGGAUGAGGAGAUGUUGACAUUGACAUGUAGUUAAAUCUGGUGGUAAAAUAUAUGGUGGUAAAACUUCAUAAAAUAAGAAAUAGAUUCACUGUCAGUUCAAAGAUGAUUAUAUGAAAAUGGAACGAACUGUUUAUUUCGGUUUAAUUUAACCUGGUAUUUCAAACACUUACCAUAGUUCUUCCAUGCACCUAACUCCACCUGAUCAUCACAAAUCUGUAUUGGGCACAGCAUUGAUCAAAAUCCAAGUGGGACACACAAUCAAAAUUAGAUCACUGUGUACCAGGUGGCUGGUUGGUGAGGGACACAGCGCGCGGGAAGAAGCUCUUCAGGUGGCAGGUGGUUUUGGUCAUGAUUGACCAAAUCACAACUCCUGACCAACAUGCAAGUUAUAGCCAUAUAGAUGGAUAUAGAAGUAAUAUCUGCGCCAUUAAAGUGUCUGUGACAGCAUAGCCAUUAAGGUUACAACCCAUAGGACUCCCCACCCAGUUGACUACUUUGACUACUUAAAAUGGCGGAAGCAUAGUGGAAGUCCUUUAUCAUUGUCUAUGGUUAUAGCACAAGUUUUAAAACAGGAAGCAGGAAACUGUAUAGGGAAGAAGAGUUAACAGCUCUACAUUGUCACCCUGUGGUGAGAGAACAGUAUAGUGUCUUUAUCUGCUCGGGUAGGUACCUUUGGGACUGCAUGCCUGGGUCUAACAGGCUUGGGAAGAGUGACCAUUAUGGACAACUGCAGAUAUUUACAUAAGUGGAGAGAAAUUAUGUUGUUAGAAUUCCACAGGUUGGCAGUAAUGGUUUGUGUAAUUAGAUGAAGCAAUUUCCCAGCCGAUAUUAUGAUAAUCCAUUUUUAUUUAAAUUCCAUUCGAACAACUUAGUUGACUUUAAUGUAAUGACAGCUCACAGCACUCUCUCUGAUUAACUGUUACUCUUCAGUAUGUGUGUGUGUGUGUGUGUGUGUGUGUGUGUGUGUGUGUGUGUGUGUGUGUGUGUGUGUGUGUGUGUGUGUGUGUGUGUGUGUGUGUGUGUGUGUGUGUGUGUGUGUGUGUGUGUGUGUGUGUGACAUUAAAGUGGAGAAAUCCAGAGUGAAUCCCUCUUGCCCCAAACAGGGAGCCAUCAGGGCAGUCUGAUUCUAACUAUUAUCAGUCCUUAGCCACCAGGCAUCCUGCCCUGUCAUCAGUGUUGACUUUCACUGCAAGGGCACUUUCACCCAGAAGACACACAGACACAGACAUACAGACACACAGACACACAGACACACAGACAAACACACCCACAUACAGUGCUAUAAAAAAGUAUUUGCCCCCUUUCUAAUUUUCUCUUCAUUUGCAUAUUUGUGAUACUGAAUGUUAUCAGAUCUUCAACCAAAACCUAAUAUUAGAUAAGUGAACAAAUAACACAACAAUUACAUAUUUAUUUCAUAAACAAAGUUAUGCAACACCCAAUUCCCCUGUGUGAAAAAGUAAUUGCCCCCUUACACUCAAUAACUGGUUGUGCCACCUUUAGCUGCAAUGACUCCAUCCAAAUGCUUCCUGUAGUUGUUGAUCAGUCUCUCACGUCGCUGUGGAUGAAUUUUGGCCCACUCUUCCAUGCAGAACUGCUUUAACUCAGUGACGUGUGGGUUUUCAAGCAUGAACUGCUCGUUUCAAGUCCUGCCACAACAUCUCAAUUGGGAUUAGGUCUGGACUUUGACUAGGCCAUUCCAAAACUGUAAAUGUGUUGCUUUUUAGCAAUUUUCAUGUAGACUUGAUUGUGUGUUUUGGAUCAUUGUCUUGAUGCAUGACCCAGCUGCGCUUCAGCUUCAGCUCACAGACGGAUGGUCUGACAUUCCCCUGUAGAAUUCUCUGAUACAGAGCAGAAUUCAUGGUUCCUUCUAUUAAGGCAAGUCGUCCAGGUCCUGAGAAAGCAAAGCAUCCCCAAACCAUCACACCACCACCACCAUGCUUGACCUUUGAUAUGAUGUUCUUACUGUGGAAUACAGAGUUUACUUUUUCACACAGGAGAAUUGGGUGUUGCAUAACUUUGUUUAUGAAAUAAAUAUGUAAUUGUUAUUUGUUCACAAAUAUGCAAAAGUAGAGAAAAUUAGAAAGGGGGCAAAUACUUUUUCAUAGCACUGUACAUACAUACACACACACACACACACACACACACACACACACACACCACACACACACACACACACACACACACACACACACACAUACUGUCCUCCCCUUUUCCCUGUCCUUCUCUCCCUCUCCCUAUCUCUCUCUCUCUCUUUUCUGCUGCCCACCCUAAUGUGCAAUCUCUUAAUACUUCCCAUACCCUCUUUUUCUCUCCCUCAACCCAGCUAACAAUUCUAGGGAAAGAGAACGUUUUUGUAAUGUUACCCGUAAUGUUCCCCAGAUGUUUGAGUGUCCAGUUUUCUGUUAGUUAGGGCAACAUUGUCACGCCCUGGCUCUGGGGACACUGUUAUGUUGAGCCAGGGUGUGUAGAUCUAUGUGUUAUAUUUUUAUGUUGGGGGUUCUAGUUCGUCUGUUUCUAUGUUUGCCUGAGUGACUCCCAAUCAGAGGCAACGAGUGUCAGCUGUCGUUGGUUGUCUCUGAUUGGGAGCCAUAUUUAAACUGUAUGAUUUUCAUUCGUGGUUGUGGGAUUUUGUUUCAAGUCUGUUUAUGUUAGACCGUGAACUGUCACGUAUCGUUUGUUGUUUUGAUCGUGUCUCUAAUUAAAGAGUAUGUUUGCCUGCAACGCUGCGCCUUGGUCCUCAUCUGUUCCUGACGAUCGUGACAGAAAAUCCCACCACAACUGGACCAAGCAGCGAGUCGAGGAGCCAUCGCCAGGGAAAUCCCUAGCAGAUCUCCGUGGCAGCCUCGACUGGGUCAAGCCGAGUGAAGAGCAGAGAGAGUGGACUUGGGAACAAUGGAGGAAGAGCUUCGACUGGGUCAAGCCAAUUGAGGAGCUGAAUAGCGGGAGUUGGAGGCAGAAGAGCGAGAGUUGGGCGAGAACUAUAGAGGCCUGGCCCACGGGGAAGAGAGACCCCCAGAAAAUGUUUAGGGGGGGGCUCACGACGUCGGGGCAGCAGGAGGCCGCGAUAGAGCGGUCCAGCGGGUUGGCAGAGGAGGCCGCCAGGUUACGGGGGCCACUGGUCGAAGAGGGGAUGGAAGGUGUAGAGGCACGGCGAGAGGUACUGGGGUGUGUUACCAGUCCGGUCCGGCCCGUUCCAGAUCCCGGUGUAGGGCCAGUGGUGUGUGUCCCCAGUACGGUCCGGUCUGUUCCUGCUCCCCGCACCAAGUCAGUGGUGCGCUUCGUCAGCCCGGCUCGGCCCAUUCCUGCUCCCCGCACCAAGUCAGUGGUGCGCUUCGUCAGCCCGGCUCGGCCCGUUCCUGCUCCCCGCACCAAGUCAGUGGUGCGCUUCGUCAGCCCGGCUCGGCCCGUUCCUGCUCCCCGCACCAAGUCAAUGGUGCGCUUCGUCAGCCCGGCUCGGCCUGUUCCCCGCGCCAAGUCAGUGGUGCGCUUCGUCAGCCCGGCUCGGCCCGUUCCUGCUCCCCGCACCAAGUCAGUGGUGCGCUUCGUCAGCCCGGCUCGGCCUGUUCCCCGCGCCAAGUCAGUGGUGCGCUUCGUCAGCCCGGCUCGGCCCGUUCCUGCUCCCUGCACCAAGUCAGUGGUGCGCUUCGUCAGCCCGGCUCGGCCUGUUCUCCACACCAAGCCAGUGGUGGGCGUCGUCAGUCCGGCACGGCCCGUGCCUGUUCCACUGGUGCCUGGUUCGGCACUGGUCAGAUGUUUUACGCCGGAGCUAGAGCAAUCCGCUCCAUCAGUGUGCAGUCCAGCUCCGGCCAGCGGGGCCAGACCAGACCAGGGGUACUUUGGGGGGUUGGAGAGGGAGCGGGGAUCAGGCCCGGAGCCGGAUCCGCCGCCUAGGCGGAGUGCCCACCCGGUCCCUCCCCUGUGGUAUUUGGUUGACGCGGUCGGAGUCCGCGCCUUUAGGGGGGGGGUACUGUCACGCCCUGGCUCUGGGGACACUGUUAUGUUGAGCCAGGGUGUGUAGAUCUAUGUGUUAUAUUUUUAUGUUGGGGGUUCUAGUUCGUCUGUUUCUAUGUUUGCCUGAGUGACUCCCAAUCAGAGGCAACGAGUGUCAGCUGUCGUUGGUUGUCUCUGAUUGGGAGCCAUAUUUAAACUGUAUGAUUUUCAUUCGUGGUUGUGGGAUUUUGUUUCAAGUCUGUUUAUGUUAGACCGUGAACUGUCACGUAUCGUUUGUUGUUUUGAUCGUGUCUCUAAUUAAAGAGUAUGUUUGCCUGCAACGCUGCGCCUUGGUCCUCAUCUGUUCCUGACGAUCGUGACAAACAUUCUAUGUACGUUAGCAAAAACCUCCUGAGAACCUCUUUAACAUGUUUUGGCAUUAGAGUUAGGAGAACAAAUGUCAAACAGAACAUACCCAGAACGUGGUUGCCAUGUUCUCAGAAUAUCCUAGAUUAAUGUUCAAGACACGUUCCAUUAGAAUGUUGAAAGAACAUUCCUGUGUCCAGUUUUCUGAGGGUAAGGACAAUAUUCCAUCCAUGUCCCACCAAACAUACACAGAACAUGGUUGCCAUGUUCUCAGAAUAUAAGAUAUUAAUGUUCUUGACACGUUUCAUGGGAACUUUGCAAGAACAUUCCUAUGUCCCGUUUUCUGAAAGUUAACGGAAUGGUCUCUUGGAAACAGUCCUUGCACGUCACUGGAACAUUCCUGUGAAAACAGUUAGGUAAAGGGAACAUUCUCUAAAGAUGUGGGAACGUUUGUUGUUAGCUGGGAACUUCCUUUAGUAACCUCUAUGCAAGCCUUUUCUCUGUUGGUUAGUGUGGUGUGAUAUCUGUGCAGCUUUGGGCCCAGACAGGGCUUUGUCUGUGUGUGUGUAGUCUCUGUAUGUUAGUAUUUGACAAACAGUAGCAGUGAAAGGGAGUAAUGAGGGUGAUGAUCUCCAGCCCUCUGAAAAUCAGCCUGUCCCAUCAGCCCUGUCGUCCCAGCAGACAGCCCAUCACGGGGUUAAUAUAUAUAUAUAUUCUUUCACUACUGCACCAUGGGAAUUUCCAUGAAGUCAUCCACCGUUUAUUUCCUGUUGCAGAGUGACAUACAACCCCACUCUCAACUCUAUGGCUCAUCACAGGAAGAGUAAUGGAUUUGGUGCGUGUGUUUGUAUAUGUGUGUUGAGUGUGUGUGCAUGCAUGCUUGCACAUGCACGUGUGUAAGUGUCUGUAUUAAAUGUAUAUACACACAAAACAAUUCAUAAGGCAUUUCCUUCCCUCUUCCAACCCCUUUUAGAGUCACUGCCUGGCUUAGAGACCCCUCAGACCGCCACAUCAACAUGGAUGAAUGUAUCCCGUUAACAAGACUGACUGUUAAAUCCCUGGGGAGUUGCUGUCAUCCGUCUUCGUUAGGGCCAGUGUCCAAUGUCAUCCGUGUGUGAGAGCUUGGCCAGUGGGCGGCAGAUGGGGCAGGUUGGGUCUACUCUUUCUCUUGCGCUCUCUCUCUAUCUAAAGCAUGAAACAGAGAAUCUGACAGCCGAUAGACUGCCAAUAGGUACUUAUCACAGUAGGAGGCCGUUCCUUCUCUUGCUAAAACAAAAUAUGUACCUGGUACCGACUAACCUUCCCUUUCUACUUGUAGAAUAGCAAUGCUCCUCAGUGGCCGACAAAGUGACUUUGAGCCAAUCAGAGAGCACGAACCUCCACGUGGGGGAACCAACAUCAGUGACAACAAAAAGGGGAAAAUGUGUUGGUUUAGUUAACAUUAGCUAGCUAGCAACAACAUUGGCUAUGGGAUGGCACUGGCAGUUUGGGAUUAUGGAGAGUGAAUUAAAUUGUUUCUUCAUCAUCUUGCUAGCUAGUUAUUUAGCUCUGGCCAUCUGGCUAGUAUCAACAUGGGCUUUCUACAACAAUAGCAACAUUUGCGCAGCUAGCUAGCUAGCUAACAUUGGAUACCUACAAAGCAAAAUGCAGAAGUACUAGUGUUGCCAAACUAAGCUUAAGAAUGCAACGCUACUGCCACCUUGUGGUUUGGAAUAUUUUAACAAGGCUGAUGGCUUCAAAGUCUGUGCGGUGUGGACACAAAAGAGAUUGACUGCCGACACUGUUCAGAGGUUAUAAGUACUCUCCGCAAGCAAACGUUUGACAAUCUUACUGGUGUGUGGGAUCCUUAAACCUGCAAUAUGUAACUUUUUGCUUUUUGGAACACCAAACCAAAUUCACAUAGAUAUGUGAGUUAUAGAUAUGUCAUUCUCAUUGAAAGCAAGUCUCAGAAGCGGUAGAUCGUUUCUAUGUGCACUAUUUCUAUGGUUCUUUCGGUUUAGUACACCAGCAUCAAACAGCUGAAAUACAAUAUUUUUAAUAGAUUUCACAGCGGUUUAGAUGCUACGAUGAUUAUCUACACGUUUUGUCACAUAAACUGAAAUUAGGCAAACUAUUUUUUUUGCAACCAGGAAAUGGCAGAGCGAUUUCUGCAUAGUGCAUCUUUAAGUCUCUCUGUCUCUCUCUCUCCUACACUCUCUCUCACUCUUUCCUCCUGGAUCCUUCUCACUGCCCUUCCUGAUUGCCAGAGGCUGCUUUAUAGGGCAGCAAUGAAAUUCACAGCCUGUAAACCCAGAGAAGUGGCUCCUGCCAGGCCCUUAGCACCCUGCAGUGAUCAGGCUGCACUUAAACACAAUAGCUCUCUCCCGUAAUCUUACUUCACACUCUAUGCAGACACAAGAGUCGGAGUGUUGCAAUGUCGUUGUUGUCACAAAAUAUGCUCCGGCAUUCUACAUAAUUUUUUAUACCUGUAAAUUGAGACACACCGUAUCAUUCCUUGAGCAGCCGUGGGGCAGUGUUGUCGCUUAGUUCCUUGUUCUGAUCUGUAGGCUAUGAAUGCUAUUCAUGAAAAUAGCGUGUUUUGCAUUGAUAACCAAAAAUAAUCUCAGCGACUGUUCAAACAGUAAACCAAACAACAAGAAUCCACCCAAAAAGUUAUUUUGUUUAGAAGUAAAUACACUACAUUACCAAAAGUAUGUGGACACCUGCUCGUCGAACAUCUAAUUCCAAAAUCAUGGGCUUUAAUGUGGAGAUGGUCCCCCCUUUGCUGCUUUAACAGCCUUUCCACUAGAUGUUGGAAUAUUGCUGCAGGGAUCUGCUUCCAUUCAGCCACAAGAGCAUUAGUGACUUCGGGCACUGAUCUUGGGCAAUUAGGUCUGGCUCGCAGUCGGCGUUCCAAUUCAUCCCAAAGGUGUUUGAUGGGGUUGAGGUCAGGGUUCUGUGCAGGCCAGUCAAGUUCUUCCACUCAGAUCUCGACAAACCAUUUCUGUAUGGACCUCGCUUUGUUCACGGGGGCAUUGUCAUGCUGAAACAGGAAAGGGCCUUCCCCAAACUGUUGCAACAAAGUUGGAAGCACAUAAUUGUCUAGAAUGUCAUUGUAUGCUGUAGCGUUAAGAUUUCCCUUCACUGGAACUAAGGGGCCUAGCCCGAACCAUGAAAAACAGCCCCAGACCAUUAUUCCUACACCAAACUGUACAGUUGGCACUAUGCAUGAGGGCAGGUAGCGUUCUCAUGGCAUCCGCCAAACCCAGAUUAAUCCGUCGGACUGCCAGAUGGUGAAGCGUGAUUCAUCACUCCAGAGAACGCGUUUCCACUCCACCAGAGUCUAAUGGCGGCAAGCUUUACACCACUGUGCAUGGUGAUCAUAGGCUUAUGUGUGGCUGUUCGGUCAUGGAAACCCAUUUCAUGAAACUCCUGACGAAUGUGCUGACGUUGCUUCCAGAGGCAGUUAGGAACUCUGUAGUGAGUGUUGCAACCGAGGACAUUUUUACGCGCUACGCACUUCAGCACUCGGCGGCCCUGUUCUGUGAGCUUGUGUGGCCUACCACUUCGCGGCUGAGCCGUUGUUGCUCCUAGACGUUUCCACUUCACAUCACUUACAGUUGACCGGGGCAGCUCUAUUAGGGCAUUCAUUUGAUGAACUGACUUGUUGGAAAGGUGGCAUCUUAUGACGGUGCCAUGUUGAAAGUCACUGAGCUCUUCAGUAAGGCUAUUCUACUGUCAAUGUUUGUCUAUGGAGAUUGCAUGGCUGUGUGCUCGAUUUUAUACACCUGUCAGCAAUGGGUGUGGCUAAAAUAGCUUAAUCCACUAAUUUGAAGGCAAUGUAGUGCAUAAUAGUAGCCAUAGGUUUAUUUUUAUUUUUUAUUAAUGCAAAUAAUGUUUUCUGUUUUCACUUAAUACUUUGGGAGACUGGUGCACUUAUAGUCAGAAAGGCCCUUUUCUUGUGUAGGCAACAGUAGACCUACAUGAUUUUCUUCAUAACGCAUUUCAUAUUUAGUGGAGCCUACAUCACACAGUUUUCUUCAGAAUGCAUUUAAUACAAGGUGUCCACAUACUUUUGUAUAUAUAGUGUAACUAGUGAUUACAGGCUAAUGUGAAAUGGUAGAACCUGCUGUAGCCAAAAUAGCCAUGUGCUUUUUUCCCUCUGUGACCAAAACAUGAUACACAAGCAGCAUAUCAAACUGGGAUAAUGUUUUAGGUUACACCGGCAAGUACAAUAAUAUUUGUCAGGGCAUAUCUUUUUAAUUAUAAAUCUGAUUAUUUCACAUGGAUAUGUGGGAAACUAAGAAGGCUAGCUAGCUUGCUAUGUUUUUAGCCAGGCUAAAGCCAGCUAGUCAGGAUGCCAGAGAAAUCUAGCCAGGGAAGGCAACUUUUCCUUGCAUUCACAAAAUGAAAAGACAAGAAUAAAAACGUUGUUAUUUCCCCAUUGGGAGUGGGACUGGCGAGGCUGAUACCAAGUUACCAAAAGGUAUCCAAUACACCAAAAAUCCCACUCCACCCACAUGCGUGCACGCACGUAGAUCUGCCGAUAUCUGCAUUUAUGGCUGUACUGCAGGUAUAGCCAAGGGCCUGGGAAUAGCAAGGAAAUUACUGUGUGUGUGUGCGUGCGUGUGCGCAUGUGUGUGUGUGUGCGUUUGUGUGCGCAUGUUCGGGGUUAUGCCCAUAUUGCUUCUAGCUGUUGGUUUGUUGUCUUGAGCUCAGGGCUCUUAGCCUCGUAAUUACUAAACUGAUUGUAAGCUUGCGAGAAUACCGGAUGGUUGUACAAGCUUACAGGGCUCUGGGUCCAAUCACAAAAUCACUUACAUUCUGAGUCAGCAUUAUGAAACUUUCAUCACAUUGAAACAGUCCUUAUACUGUAGGUCAUCACAGUGCCUGAAACAUUUUUUAAUGUGUUGUAAAGCUCGGCUUUAUUUAACUAUACUGCUAACACUCUAACGCAAUACUUUCUCAGUCACACUCUGCACCCUACUCCGCCACAACGCAUCCCCCAUUCUACCCUUCCACUCUUCACCCUUUCCCGUAGAGCUUAGCAUUGAUUAGUAAUGAUGAUAAGUAUAUAAAGACCAGAUGUAAAACCCCAUCACUCAUAUGACCUCACACACACAAACGCAACCCCUAAUCACACACACACCAGACAGCCUCUCCCACACACAUCGCACUGUCUCACACCCCAUCGACUUUUGGCCAAAUCCAGGUUGGCAGCUGCCCAGCCAAAAUACUGGCAUAUCAAACCUUAAUCAAAUCAAGCCUUAUGGGUGUCUUCCCUGUCCUGUCCGCCAGACUCAGAUAACAAACAUUGUUAACACAAACACCCACAUGAGAAAAGAGAGGAGCCCUGUGGUGGUGGCACACCCAGAUCCUUAACACCCUGUGCUGCUGUUACAUGGUGGUCAGUGGAGGAUGCUGAGGGGAGGAUGGCUGAUAAUAAUGUCUGGAUAGAGCAAUUGGACCGGUAUCAAACACAUAGCAACCAUGUGUUUGAUACCAUUCCACUAAUUCCGCUCCAGCCAUUACCAUGAGCCCAUCCUCCCCAAUUAAGGGACCACCAACCUCCUGUGAUGGUGGGGGUAUGGUAAUCUUGUCCACCAGCCGGCUCUCUAUAUGUGGUACCAAUCGAGCCUGGGAAAGUGGUCAGUUGUGUGGUUGUAGACUUGGAUUGAAGGGUUAACGGCUGAGUAGUUGAGAUGGGGGUUUGCUACCAGAUCUGGGUUGGGUGGGUUCAAGAAGUAAACACUUAAAGCUGGAAUCCUUAAUGGUGAAACUGCCACGUCUGUUUGCGAUAUUACAACAUCAAAUUACUGCAAACAACGAACACCUGCAAGGAAACACGUGCCGUCAUCAUUGCAUUGACAAAAAUAUCAUGCCCCAGCAGUCCUGGGUAUUAGCUGUCCCUCUGUCCCUGGUCUCUUCAGGCCAUUGGGGGUGUGGAGGCUGGCUAAGCCCUGGUUAAGCACCUGCUUGCCCCACGGCACUGGGGUGGGUUUGUAUUAAGCCCAGUGUCAUCGGAUGGACCAGACUGUUUGUGUGUGGAGCAUAACGCCCACUGUCUGAGUGGGAAUUGUGGAAUUCCUUUUUGCCUCUGUUAGCAAUGUGUCCCGACGCUGGCAGAGUGGAACGGAAUGGGACAGGGGGGCUGACCAGUGUCAUUGUUUCAGAAAUACACAGACAGCCAUGGGAGGAGAGGGAGAGAGAGAGAGAGAGAGAGAGAGAGAGAGAGAGAGAGAGAGAGAGAGAGAGAGAGAGAGAGAGAGAGAGAGAGAGAGAGAGAGAGAGAGAGGUAGAGGGAGUGUGUGUACUACUGUUUCAGACUGAUAGCAGCACCGCAGACCCUCAUCAUCAGAGAGAGGAGAGGACACUGAUCCAACCUUGGCAGUAAGUCUCCCGUCUUUCUGUCUCUCUGUGUUUCUGAGCUGUGAAGUGUUUCUCUGUCAAGUGUUUCUCAACUCCCAGCGAUGUGUGUGUUUGUUUGUACCUCAUGAACUAUUUAGUGAGCAUGUUCCUACACUCACCAUGAGGGAGCAGAGACUCCAUUAAAGAGUAAUAAAAUCAAUAGAGACCAGGUAGUGCACAGUGGUAAUAUUUAGAAUACACUCCCUGUAUUAACACAGAUAUCAAUACUUACAUUAAAAUUGUAACGAUAAACAUUUGCCUGAGUUUCAGGCUAAAAUGUUAUCCUGAAUUGAAAUUACUCCUUCCUUCCUUCCUUCCUUCCUUCCUUCCUUCCUUCCUUCCUUCCUUCCUUCCUUUCUUUCAGAACAUGAGCUUGGCUCGGAUCCAUGAUAAACACAAGCUAAAGAAAUACUGGGAGGAGAAAAUCGAAAGUCACAGCGAUAUGAUGGGGAAUGAGGAAUCCAGAAUGAAGAGCAGUGCUUUGUCAAAAUAAGUAUCUCUGUCAAUAGCCACACUGCCUUAUCAACUAUAUACCAUCACUGUUAUGAAGAAUAGUGCUGUAGAAAAGUGGAUUUUCUACAGUGUUUCUUUACUGCAACACAGCCUGUUGGUUUGGUAGCCUAUAAGUAAAUUCUGCAUAGGACAGGAACUAGUCUAAUAUCAGAACCAAUCUCCUCAUAAUGAGCAUCUGUUCUUGAGAUGCUGCUCAGAACUUAACCCACAGUAACCAAGACAACACGCCUUGCACCCUUGAAGCAUAAAUUACAUGCAAAUGAGUUCUAAACGAUGGCAGGCUGAGGCGGGUAGGCUACAGAGCUUAUCUACAGACAGGCAGGCAAACAGGCAGGGAGACAAGCAGGAAGAUAUGCAGGCAGUCAGGUAGGUAGGCAGGCAGGCAGGGAGACAGGCAGUCAGGCAGUGUGCUGUGCUCUGCCGCUGCAGUAAGGUCAGUAGGGAUUAGAACGUAGAGUGUUAUAAAUGCACCCUAAUCCUUCCUCUUUGGUCCUGUGACUAAUCAAUGUGAGCAGAAUGUGUUUCCUUUGGAACAGCUGGGAGGAGCUCUCUAAAGCAGCCCUAUUGAUUGUUCACACACAGAAUAACACAAUGGGCUUUAAAGGCUGAUCCUCCCUGUAUUAAUAUGUGUAUCUGUGUGAUGCACAAAUCCCCUUCGUUACAAAAUGAAAUAGCUGACUGCAAAGGUAAUUGCUGCCAGCGAGGGGAGGAUGGAGGGAGGGAGAGAGGGAUGAGUGAAAGAAAGGUGGAGAGGUCAGGAAAUACUGUAUGUCUCAUAACUCCACUACUAGCAUUAGGCCUAAUGCUGAGGCACUGGUGUAUUGUGUUCAGACCUGGGUUCAAAAUACUUUGAGCAUUUGCUCUAGCCUGCCUGGAGUGCCAGGUGUGCGGAGUUUGCCGUUCUGGGACCAUUCUAUAGACCCAUUUCCCAGCCACGCCAUGAGAAGUUGCACAGUUUGUCAUCAGAAACGUCGUUGUUUACCUAGCAGUGGAUACGAUCACAUGCAACUUCAAAUGCAGCUUGUGCAAUAAUGAACACGUAAUCAGAUGGUUAUCGUCUACAACAUUGCAGAUCGCAGCUAGCAAGCCAGUGUGGCAAGGUAAAAUAUCAUUGAUAGAGUUAGAUAAAGCAAGAAGGUUAAUAUACUUGUUGAACAUAGUUAUAGCCAACAAUCUUGUGUGUUUUCUUGGUCAUCACUCACUCACUGUUCAGUUUGUCAAAGUCCCAACAUCAGCGUCCUGCUAAGGAGCAUUUUGAUGUUAGGAUGAGCAUGACAUUUGAUGGUAAACAGAAAAUGGCUCUAUAGGUGGUCCAUUAAGUACUUGAGAUUAUUUCAAAUAGUAUUUGAACCCCUGUCUGAUCAUUAGAGAUAUGAUCAGCAUUGCGAAAUGUGGCAUCUGUGUCAUGUGGCCAGCCGCGAGGCCUGAAAUACCAGGAAUCCUUAUUAUUAACAUUCCCCUUGGUGGUUGUUGAUGGACAUGUUGUAGGUUUGAAUAGGAUCAUGUGUCAUGGUAACAUCUUGUUUAUGUGAGUGACAGGGAGACCAGUGGAGGUGACACUAUGUUAAUUAGUAAAUCAAUGCGUUAGUUAUUAAAGUCAUCUUUGCGUUAAAGGACCAUUGCUGCAGGACAUUAAAAAGGCUGAGGAAAACAUAUUUUACUCCAAAAGAGAUGUGUAAAUAUUAGACAUGGUGAUAAGAAAAUGCACUUCAUAGAGCCAUGAUAGGUUUUGGUGUUGUAUUCUACAUAGAUGUUAUGCUGUAAUUACAAGUCCUCCAUGUAUCACACUGUCAAUUAUUUUAUCAGAUUGAUUCUCUAUGAAGUAGAGAUGGUAAUGUUCAUCAUCCUUCCAACAGGCUGCGGGAGGAGUGGCUCAGGAGGCUGAAGCAUCGGAACCAGCAGCUGGAGCGUUUCGAAGAGAAUCACAUCAGAAGGGCCAAGAUGACCCAACAGGCCUUCAAGAUACCCAGUCAAUGA